AUUGGCUUUGAGCUGAGGAGGCGGUUAAGAGUUAAGCACAGCGGUAGGCCGGGAGUCACAUAUAGGACAUCAGUGAAACAUGUUCUGUUUGACAUGAAAUCCGUUCUGGUUUCAUGGUCAUCAUUGCCAAUAAUAUAUUUUUAUACCGGAUUUAGUUAAUUAUUACUUGAAUUUCCUCCCCGCCCUGUUUAUAAUUUAUUAUAAUGCAUGCAUAAAUUAAUGAAAUAGUAGAUUCAUGCUUGGAUACGGUUUAAAAACAAAGGUUUUGAAAUGACAAUAAACGGAAUCUUAACAAGAAACAAAAACACUGAUAUUAUUUAAAGACUUCUUUCCCGGCUUCCAGGAAGCGAACUAAACCGCACUUUGUUUCAUCCCUCUUUCCACCACCCCACUAAAACAACGCCAAUAGAUGAUUUCACAAGAACGCCCCGCUAAAACGUGUAAAUAAAACACAUUCAGACAACAGUCCAAGAGUGCCGAGCGCUUGGUGCAAGUAGCAAUAAACUUCAAUCAUGUUAAUUGCGGGUCAGUUUCACAGGCGCACGAUGGCCGUCAAUCCUGGUUGGGUUUAAAGCGACGCAAAAACAGAAUUAAAAAAACAAAACACACACACAGAGGGAAAAGAUCUGGAAUAUAUUAUGAAAAUUAAACGCGAAAGCACAGCCGCUGAUUUCUAUAUAACGAUGUUAAACUGAGGAAUUAAAUAGUUUGUCAAUUUAAACAGUAGUCUGUGUCUAAAUGAAUAGAAUAGUCCAAAUUGUGUGCAGUAAAUGGAAAAGGGAAAGAAUGAAAUAGAGGGAAUGGUAUCCCGAGAGCAGCUCUAGGUCGAGGGAGGGGAAACGUGCAAAUAAUAACUAGAAUUGACACAAGGCAAUAUCUUAAUUUUUUUUAUCUCUUCUCCCGACAGCCAAAAACCCCUUUGGCUGUUCAGCCAAUCCCAGAUUUUUACGACGCAAUAGUUCUGGUCAAAGUUAUAAUAUAAAAAGGGGCGACCCAGUUGAUCAGUUAUCAUACACCAGCGUGUGCCUCACCCUGUGCCCUCUCCUCACUCCCGGCUGCAAUCUGGGAUCCAGCGCGUCUCUCCAUUCUCAAGCGGGCGCGCACGCACACACACACACAUAAACACACACACACGCCAGCAGACCAUGCACAGACCACACGUUUUGCUUUGCCUCCUCAUCUCUCUAGGAUUGACAGGCAGCGACGAGCCAGCCUUGGAGAAGGAUUUGGGGGCAGAAGAGAGCGCCUCAGACCAUGCGGAACCUGGGAGCCAAGAAUGCUCCGCUUGUUUAUGGAGGGAGCACAGCAAAGCACUGAGGUUGGAAUCCAUUAAGUCCCAGAUCCUGAGCAAGCUGCGCCUCAAGCAAGCCCCCAACAUCAGCCGAGACAUUGUCAAUCAGCUCCUGCCUAAAGCUCCCCCGUUGCAACAACUGCUCGACCGCUAUGACAUCCAGGGAGAUGACUGCUCAGCCAAAGAGCCUGCUCUGGAAGAUGACGAGUAUCACGCCACGACUGAAACUGUCAUUACCAUGGCCGCCGAACCUGACCCCUGUGUCCAAGUGGAUGGGAGUCCAAAAUGUUGCUUUUUUAAAUUUAGCCCCAAAGUCACAUUUACAAACGUGGUGCGAGCUCACCUGUGGGUAUACCUGCGACCAGUACUGCACACCUCCACAGUGUACCUGCAAAUCCUCAGGCUGAAACCUGUGACGGAAAAAGGCAGCAGGCACUCGAGGAUCCGAUCCUUAAAAAUAGACAUGGACAGCCGCAAUGGGCGCUGGCAAAGCAUCGACUUUAAGCACGUUCUGCAGAACUGGUUCAAACAACCGCAUACCAACUGGGGCAUUGAGAUCAACGUCUUUGAUAUGGAUGGGAAUGACUUGGCUAUCACAUCUCCGGGAAGUGGAGAGAAGGGAUUGCAACCAUUUCUGGAAGUUAAAGUGGCAGAAACAAACAAACGUACUCGCCGAAACCUGGGGCUGGAUUGUGAUGAGCACUCCACAGAGUCACGUUGCUGUCGCUUUCCGCUAACCGUUGAUUUUGAGGCCUUCGGCUGGGACUGGAUUAUUGCCCCCAAACGAUACAAAGCCAACUACUGCUCUGGUCAAUGCGAGUACAUGUUCAUGCAGAAAUACCCACAUACCCACCUGGUACAUCAUGCCAAUGCCAGAGGCUCAGCUGGCCCGUGCUGCACGCCAACCAAAAUGUCGCCUAUCAACAUGCUUUACUUCAACGACAAGCAAGAGAUCAUCAACGGGCAAAUCCCAGGCAUGGUGGUCGAUCGAUGUGGCUGCUCCUAAAAUGAAGAUCAGCCAAAUGUCUUUCCCCCUGUCAUUUGAAGCAUCAUUAUUCUAGAAUGUGAUGUCCAAACUAUGCCAUGCACUGUGCAAUAAGCAGAGAGGGAGAGAGAGAAAAUACAAAUUGGGCCUCAUUCAUCAGAAACAUAUUUUACAAACAAAAAGCAGCCAGUUAAUAAGAACCAGGACUAAUUGAUCCCAAGUCUCUGGGUUUUUCCCCUCCCCCCCAACCCCACAACUGAAACAGUCACUGCUGAUCACAAUAGAAGAGCAAAUAGUCUGGGAGGAGUUACUGAGGCCACCAGCACCUGCAAAAUAAAUUAACAUUCUCAAUAAGCAAAGACAGCAGACCCUUGGUAACUGGUAUCAACUUGUCAGAUUUGAUUCCACAGGCUUGGCAAUUGCCCUGUUUAAACAAAAAAAAACCCCCGCAAAAAAAGAGAAAGAUCAUAUUAGUCAUGAAUUUGGUUUGGAAAGGCAGGAAGGGGAAGAAUGAGCACUAGCAGUGAGACUGUCUCUUCAAGAGGAAAACACAGUCAAACUGCACACUCCGGAUAUAUGCUCUUAACUUUUGCAAAGUCCUCAACAGUGUUUAACUGAAAAAUUUCAAAAGCUGUAGAUGAAUGAAGAGAGACCUGGAAAAGGAAGUUUGGUGGCUCUUUUCACAGCUGAAUUCCUUUUCAUCUGACAGAUAAAAUGGUGGGAAUACACAGGGUAUCAGCCAGUGAAGGGUUGGGGUAAGACAUAGCUUGGUUCCCAUGAAGGUUUCACUUCUACACUGACACUGCUUUGCAAUUCCGACAUCUUUGCUGCUUUAUUUCAAACAAUCAGCAUUUAGUUUCCUCCCGCCAUCACUUGCAGAAUCCCAGAGCUUCACUAGUCAGCGCUGGACAAGCCAAAAGCCUUCUUUAGCUUCUUUGAUUUAGGAAACUGGCACACAGUGUGCGUACGAUUUAUGAUCUGACCUGGCCCGAGCCAAUCCAUUCUGGUAUUACUCAAAAGGGGAUGGAUUCCAAGGGCAGAGGAGUGACAAUGGGGGAGGAUGCUUAAAGCACCACAGCUGGAGUUCUGCAUUCAGUUCUGUGCCCCACACUUCACAGUUGGGGCUCCAGCAAAGAUUUACCAAGAUUACACUGUGGGGGUGAUAAAGGGUUGCAAUGGCUGGCCUUGUAUUACUUUAGGGGGAGAAGAUGGAAGGCAUGAACUGAGUUGGUGUAAAUGAUACCAGUGGGGUGUAGGUUAGGCAGUGAGAUAUUAUUUCCUCUUGUGGGGAGCCCAGAACAAGGAAGUGGAGCCUUAAAGCUGGAGCUAGGCAGUCGUGAUGAUGAUUCCUUAUCCGAAUGGCAAUGGAAAUCUGGAACCCACAAAAAGCUGUGGAGCUGGAGGCAGUUUGGGAUUGGGGUUGUAGGGGGGAGAGCAAUACUCAAGCUAAAGAUUGAUAAGCAAUGUGUAAUGGUGAACCUGCACCUUGAUGUUGGGGCAGAACUCUCUCUCUCACCGGGCACUCGACAUCAACCAAAAGUACUUCUGCUCCCUCUCCUGUGCCAUGUGCUACUUCCUAAUUUUAUGGGUUAUUAAAACGAAAGCAAGUAAAAUUAGAGACUUCCACGACCAAAUCAGAACUCAGCCAAUGCCAGUACUGCAGCCUAUGUAAGUCUGGACUGGGCUAGGUUUAGUAUUUUAGUGAGGCUGUAGAUGCUGAAAUCUUGAGCAAAAAACAAAGUGUUGUAAGAUCUCAACGGGUCCAGCAACAUCUGGAGUGAAAUGGACAGACGGGAUUUUAGGUUGGUAUCCUUUAUCAGACCGAUUGCAGUAGGGGGAGAAAACUGGAAAGAGAGGUGGGUGAGACAUUGCCAUGCAAGUGAUAGAUGGAUACAGAGGAUGGGAGGUGGUUUCAGCUGGAUGGAGUAAGUAACAAAAGCUAAAGGUGACAAGGAGACUCAAGGGUCCUUCUCUUCUCUCCAAAUACGACAACCUUUUGCAUCCAUUUCACACCUAGCCUUUGUCACUUACUCCAUCCACCUGCCAAUCACAUUCCCCUCUCACCUGUUGCCACCGAUCACUUGCCAGACUUUGUCCCAACUCUCUAUUCCAGCUUUCUCCCACUACAUCAGUCUGAAGAAGGGCCCAGAUCCAAAACACCAUCUGCCCAUUUCCCUCCACAGGUGCCGUCUGACCCACUGAGUUCCUCCAGCACUUUGUGUCUCAUAUUUUUCGGUACACUCUGCUUCUAUUUAUAAAGCCUAAAAUUCCAUAGACCUCGUCGCUGCCACAGUUCAUCCCUUUCCACAUAGACAAAUGAUAAAAACAUCAAUAAGUUUGCACCAUGAUCAGUGAAAGAUCACAAUGUCACAGAGGGAAGUGUUGGUGCAUUUGCUGAUUCAUGCUUGCUGCUAUAAUCGAUGGCUGUAAUUGCCAUGGAAAUACUCUGGCCCACUCUGAAACCUUCAUUUAAAUUUGAGAGACAAAUUUGAUUCUGCCAAAGUCUGCACCAAGUAUGCACUGUGCUCCCUAAGUGCAUCUGUCCAAAAAAAAGUCAACGUGCAGAAGUUAACUGGUUAAAUUAAAAGCACAGGUAAACAAAAAUGCUGGAGAAUCUCAGCGGGUGAGGCAGCAUCUAUGGAGCGAAGGAAAUAGGCAACGUUUCGGGUCAAAACCCAGUCUCUGAAGAAGGGUUUCGGCCAGAAACUUUGCCUAUUUCCUUCGCUCCAUAGAUGCUGCUGCACCCGCUGAGUUUCUCCAGCAUUUUUGUCUACCUUCAAUUUUCCAGCAUCUGCAGUUCCUUCUUAAACAAAUUAAAGGCACAUGUUACCAUGAGUGUAGAUUAAGAGUGAUCCAACUGAGAUGAAGGGAGUUGACUGGGUAGAUAGGAAAAUAUUCCCCCAGUGGGAACCACAAUAUUAAAAUAAUAUCCAGAUAAUUUAAAGAGGAAAUCUGGAACUUUUGCUGUUGUGGUUAGAUGUCAAACAAAAAUAUUUUAAAAACAGGUUGAUAAGUAAAUGUUUCAAAGGCUGCAGAAACGUAGAGAGCAGAUUGUUGAAAUAGCCUUGAAAGUAGCCUCCUAUUGUCCCCAUGUAACAGACUGGAGAGGGGCUGAAGGGACUCCUUGCAAACACCAAGCGCAAAUCAUUUA